AUGAAAGCUGUUGUCCUCGAACAAGUUGAAGGUGCUCCUGGCAAGGUAUGGUACCCGCUCAAGCUGGCUGAUCGCCCCGUUCCCCAACCCUCCUCGGGCCAAGUGCUGGUCAAAAUACUAGCUGCCGCCCUCAACCAUCGCGACCUAUUCUGCCGUCAAAAUCUUUACCCCGGUGUCACUUUUGACGUCCCCCUGGGUGCGGACGCUGUGGGUGUAGUAGUUCAGAGCGGUUCGGAUGAUAACAAAGACUGGGUCGGCAAACGCGUGGUGCUGGUGCCAGGACGUGGAUGGGAGAAGGACCCUGAAGGUCCUGAAGGUCAAUAUGCUAUCCUGGGUGGGACAAAACUUUGCUCCGAUGGAACUUUCGUGGAAUACCUUGCUAUCUCCCCGGAGGAGCUUGUCGAGGCCCCCCGUCACCUCUCCAAUUCUGAGGCGGCGGCACUGCCUUUGGGAUUCCUUACGGCUUACCGUGCAGUAUUUACCAAGUCAAAGACAGCCAAAGCAUUGUCCGAGUGUCACGUUCUCAUCACUGGCAUAGGAGGAGGUGUCGCUAUAUCCGCUAUGCAAUUGGCCAUCGCGGCGGGUGCCCUUGUCUUUGUCACAUCUGGGAGUCAGGAGAAGAUUGACCGGGCGAAGUCUAUGGGCGCAGCUGGUGGGGUCAAUUACAAGUCACCGUCGUGGCAGAAGGAAUUGAGGGAACUCUUGCCAAAGACCAGACCCGAGUUGGACAUUGUGAUUGACAGCGCUGGAGGCGACAUUGUCGAGAAAACGACCAGUCUCCUCCGAAGAGGAGGUAUUAUUACAACCUACGGUAUGACAACCGGCCCGAAAAUUACGUACACGAUGGCUGCUUGUUUGAAGAACAUAGAACUUCGUGGCUCAACAAUGGGCUCAAAACAAGAAUUUCGUGACAUGAUCAAAUUCGUCGCCAACAAGAACAUAAGACCGGUGGUUGAGAGGUCAUUUGACAAUGGUUUUGCAGGUCUCGAAGACGCAUUUUCCGUGAUGAAGAACGGGUCCCAAUUUGGGAAGCUGGUCAUCAAAAUCGCGCAAGAAGACGACUCCAAGCUUUAG